GUGGGUUUCGGCUCCGGAGUCGGGGCAGCUACGUAAGGCAACAUCAACCUUCCCUCGGUUUACCUACCUAGUAGGAAUGCGAGAACUGGGAGGAGCCUAUGUGGAGGGAAGGAGAGGAAAUGAAUGACAAAGGAAUUAUACUAUAUGUACAAACCUACGUAGUACACAGUGGGGGUGACGCAAUCUGCAGUUGCCCGGUUUUAUAACUGCUUAAAGUUAUAUCUUUCCUAGACAACCACGUUUUGGCGUUUUUUUACGUCUCACCCUGUGUAACCUAGUAUUCAUUCUAGACUAUCAGGUAGAUGCGACGGUGACUCGAGUCGUAACAUAUACGAAGGAAUAUAUAAUAGAGUUAUUUGCUACCUUCUCUUUGUUCAAUACCUAACUAGAUCUAUUUAUUUGCUUCCACAUCGAUAUCAGUCAAGAUGAAGGAAGGAACAACAUUACUUUACACCACCGAGACGCUGGGCGACCGCGUUUCCAAAUACUCUGAGUCCAUCUCAGUCACAGUUCCUCAGAAACUCCGAGACUACCAUGCCCGUAUCUUCAAGGAUCGUGAUGAUUCUAACUACAUGAUCUCGACCUUCGAGUCUCAGGCAUUGAUCUUUCUCGGACGUAUGAUCGGCGCCAAACGAGUUCUUGAGAUUGGCGUUUAUGUUGGGUUUUCGGCUAUGAUUUGGAGCCAUGCUGUCGGACCUCAAGGCAAGGUCACUGGUCUUGAGUAUGACGAAGAAUAUUCCGAGUUGGCGUUGAAGGCUGCGAAAGAGAACGGCUACGACAACAUCGAGAUCCACACCGGUGAUGCUGCCGAGACUCUCCCCAAGCUCGCUUACCCCGACGAGCCGUAUGAUAUCGUCUUCAUCGAUGCGAACAAGACAGCGUAUCCGGGAUAUCUAGCUAAGAUCUUAGAGAUGUCGCAGCCGGGUGCGAAGAAGCGGCUCGUACGCCAGGGGGGUAUUAUCGCCGCAGACAACGCGCUGCGUCGCGGCCUCGUUGCCGAUUCCAGCUCCGAUAACCCAUGGCUGCCCGCCGACUUCGCGACCGGAUGGGAGGGGAGCGCUGUUGCUGCUAUUCGGAAGUACAACAAGGCUGCGGCGGAGAACAGUCGGUUGGAGACGUUUAUGGUCCCGCUUUGGGAUGGGUUGAAUUUGGCUAGACUUGUGGAUUAAAUGCCUUCGUAGUCGGGUAUCGGGUAGUUUUUGUUGGUCGGAAAUUUUUACGUGGUUGGGAUAAGGCCAGGUUAGACUGAGAGGAUGAUGCGGGAUGUAUGAUGUGCGACAAUUUACGAAGUAUCAUUUACGCUUGUCGACUGCAUAAGGUGUUACCGUAAGAGGUAUAAGGUUGUCAAAGGACAGGGGCCGGUGACAUUAUACGCAUCGUCGCCGCCAUUCGGUAACCAAUCAAUUGAUCGGUUUAUCACUCACUUGAACUGAUGUUGGUGACGGAACUAUGAGGGCCACAUGUAAGGUGUCACGGUGUCACCCACCAUUAUGGCGGGAGCUGAAAUUUGCCCCCCUUCCCGUGUCUUGGCACGGGUAACGAAAUUAAGCCCCGCGAACGCCA